CAAUAAUAUAUGGAUGUGUACAUGGUUGUGAUUCUAUGUUAUAAAAUCAUAGUAGAUUAAUGCUAUCACUUAAAGUUCAAUUUUUUUUUUGUCUUAAUACUAGUUUUAGAGUUGAGUGUGUUAUAGUAAUCUAUAUGUAUAUGGGGAGUUCUACGGUACCCAGAUGAAAUCCGGGGUACCGCAUACCUUGAGUAAGAAAAUAAUAUCAAGAACUUGAAUUGACUAAUCUUUCGGACAUGAUACUAUACUCUAACCCUUAAAGAUCAACAUCUAGGUCUUAAUUCUCUAAAUCUUAUACCCGAAGAUCAAUUUAAUUAGAAACAAUAAUCGACGGUUAUGAUUCGUCCAAAUAUACGGAAAAAAAAAAUCAAUGCACCAUCUUAGGAUUUAUAGUUUAUGAUUUAGAUAAUUAGGACCUAGGGUUCGCUCAUUAAGGGUUAGGGUAUAGUUUCAUGCCCAAAAAUCCUGCUAAUUCGAGGUCUAGAUAGCGUUUUCAUACUCAAGGUAUGCGGACGGUGGACUCAUAAAAAUGAGUGCUUACCGGCCCAACUUGAAAUGUAGCCUUAAGACAUCCAUUUUUGAAUUUUUAUUAAUAGCAUUAAUCAAAGGGCUCAUACCACUACAAAACCCGAACUAUCGAAAAAUGUCACUUGUGACCUAUUUUAUUCAACAUGACAAUCAAUACAUUACCCUAAGUCUUAAACCUUCAAUUCUGAACCACAUCCCUAAACCAAUUGUAAAUCUAAACUCUAAUUCUAAAUUCCUAUAUCUUGAUUGAUUUUUUGUGCAAAUUCAUGUGUUUUCUUAUUAAUUAUCACAAGUAACGAUUUUUAUCAUUUAAAACAAAGCAUGAAUCUCCUACUCAGAAUGACGAUUAUGAGGAAAAAAUGAAUGCACCGAAUAAGUAAUGACUGCAUUUUUUAGCGUCUAUCAAUUUUAUCAUCGAAUUUAAUUUAUUUCUGGAAUCCGUAAUGAAAAUAACAACUCUUUAUUUGCAUUUUUCCAAUUUUUCUAUAAAAUCCACUAUUCUAAACUAUAAAUCUGGAAAUAAAUACAUAUCAUAUAGGAAUCAAUUGGUGUUGCUAAACCUUUGGAGAGACAGGCGGACUGGUUGAUUGUGGAAUAUCACUAUUCAGGGUUAAUGGCAGUAUGGAGUGAAGUGAAACGAAAGCAAAGCAAAGAAUUAAGAAAUAAAGAAAGCUGUAGUGGUCAGUGAUGUGUGGCGGCAGGGAAUUGAAGUGGAUCAUGUACAUUACAAUGACUAGAUAUGCCCGCUCGCUUGCGCUUCGCAACGAGUUCAAGAUAAAAUGGUAAGUAUGUUGUUAUGAAAAAAUUAGUAAAAUGUAGAUCGUACGGCAUAACUCUAAAAAUUGGAAGAAAAAUCACUAAGAUUUUGAGGAAGAAGUUUGUAGUAAUAUAUACUUGUUGGUCAAUGAAUUUAUAAAUUAGAAGACGUUGAUCCAUAUACUUGGAGUUGGACACCUGUUACUCAGAGACGAAGUUCACGCAUUUAAAAUGAAAAAAGAGUUACUAAGAUUUUGAGGGAGAGGUUCGUAGUAAUAUGCACUCGCUGGCAAAUGAAUUUAUAAAUUAGAGAACGUGUUUAAAAUAAUGUAAAGCUAGAAAGAGGUGAGUAAGAAUGCAAAACCGAAUCCAAAUAAAAAGUAUACAUAAUGACUGAUAAUCCAUAUUAGAAGAUUUAUCCAUCAUUUUUCUAUUUGAUCUCGAACUCAAGAGAGAUGACUAAAGACGCAAAACUAAAUAUGAACAAAUUGAUAAUGUAUAAUGACUGAUAACCCAUAUCAGAAGAUUUCAUUUGUAAUUUUUCUAUUUGAGCUCCAAGUCGAGAGAGAUGACUAAAGACGCAAAAUCAAAUAAGAUCAUAAUUAAAGCAAUUUGAGCAUCGCAACAAAUAAAAAUACAAAAUAUUUAGAAAAUAAAUAAUUGAAAAAGUGAUUGGACUCAAAUAGAAAAUAGUGAGAUGAUUGGGUGCAGUGGUGGAGGCAUGAUUCGGAACUACCCUUGUCCUUUUUUCUAAAAUAUAAAAAUAUAAUAUUUAAUAAUUAAUAAUAUCCAAAUAAUUUAUUAAUAGAUAAAGAAAUAAGUGAUUAAUACAAUUAUUGUUCGCAUAAACAACCAAUGAGUUUUCAUAUUAUGAAAGAAUUACAAAAUACAUUAAUUGUUUACACUCUUAAGUGAACCUUUUUCGAAAUUCCCACUAAACAAUCAUUAACAAACUGAUCAUCAAUUCGACUUCGAAACUUGUUCUUAAUAUAUCAAUCUAAAAAUGCUCUUUUUACGUUCGGAUUUGCAACUGGCAGUAUCAAAACUAAUUUCAGAAGAAAAUAAACUGACCGAUAUAAUCUAUGCACUUUUGUCUCCACCAUGAUCUGAGAUCAUUUAUCAAUUUCUUUCAAUCCAACAAAUCUCUCAUCAGCCAUAAAUUAAUUAUAAUACCCAACAAUUUGUUGUCGAAUAAUAGUGUCAUGAAUGAAACCAAUAAAUUAAUUAUUUUUUGACAAUUAAUGAACAAGUAAUAAAUUAUAGUGUAGUGCUAAUAUAUCCUCAUAUGACCUAUGGUGAAUAUGGUCUUACAUUUUCCCUUUGUUUUACAGGAGAAACCAUAUACGCGAUGGCCUUAGCAUUAUUGGGAGUCAGCUGGUUUCCACUGCUAAUUAAGCGACAAACUCUUAUUAGGCCAACUCGCAAGUGUGUCGAUCCUAUAGAAACGAUGAAGGCCCUAACUCCUUUUGACUUGCAUGUAACGCUUACUUCCACCAUACAAUUAGCCUUGUCGGACGCGUCAGAAGUAAAAAAGAAUCAUCCCAUUACAUUACUUUAAUUUAGGCAUAGCAUUAACUUCCAAACUUCGCUCUCGCUUUCCCUUACCAGUUCCAUUGUUUGUAGAGAUAAAAUAUUAUCUCUGUACUAUUACAUCAACUUUUAGUCAGAUUUCCUUUAAAAAAAAAAAAUUGAUUUAGAACAUUUUAGAGACAAUUAUAUAAAUAUUGUGUUUUUUUUUAAUUUAUCACAAUAAGGCGGAUUAAAAAGUAUUGACACAUAUAUUGUAUUUUGGAGAGCAAAACCAGCGAGACCACCUGAGACUCAGGUGCCGCCGCCGUUUCCGUUUUUUUUUUUAUCAUUUAAUUAAAGUUUACAGCAGCGGCGGCGCCAAAGAUCGAGGUAGUACCGCAUGAGACUGAGGCGUGCUGUGGGGAAAUUGUAGCUGGCGAUGGCGCCCAGGACUAUGGCGGGCCCGCUGGCAUAUUGCUGGCUAACCCCCUAUAUAACCAGCGAAUUUCGUUUAAGUUGUUCACCACAAAAAAAAAAAAAUCAACGAAGUUUGACGAGGAGAAGCUCUGGUUGCUGCUGCAAAAAUGGCUAAUAGGUAAGAGACACUGAUGACUUGAUAUAUACACAUGUUUUUAUCCACCAUUCUUAUGCCGUUUGAGUCUCAUUUCUCGUAUCUUAGACCGAUUUCACGCUAGAUUGUUCUCGUUUGUGUUAUUUCAGGUCCUAGUACUGAAAGUUGAUUAAUUGGCCUAUUUCCACUUUACCCGAAAGAUGGUCCAGCGGACUUCCCAUUUUAUUUGGGCCCUUUAAAUAUACCCAACAACUACAUUAUAAUACCUUUCUAUUUUUUCAUUACACUAGUACCUAAAUUGUAAAAAAAUUACAAACUGGUCCAAUUUAAAUCACUAGUUAUUUAUAUAUAUUUGAAAUUUACAAGUAAUAAACUAGACGAGUAUUUGGAAAUCGCCACAUGAACUUGGUACAAAACUAAAUCUCAUGAAUUUGGUACAAAUCCAAAUAUCAUAUGUAACUAAUAUCCCACACCCUUAAUGAACUAUCAUAAUAUCUGUCAGAUAUAACGCCUCAAUGUUUCAUUCCAUAAGAAUGCACCAGCACAUGAAGAAAGUUGGUGUGAGUGAGCUAAAGAGAGACAGCAUAGCAUAGGAACAAGAUCACACAAGCCGUGUCUGGCCCCCUUUCACUGGAAUAGACAAAAACAUCAAUCACUCAUGGAAGAAGUCUUGCCUGGCAGUGGCAGGGCAGCAAACAACACAUCCUUUGGCUGGAGACACGCAGAAUGGGAAAUCAGGAUGUUAAUGGUGGUCCAGUGUUCAUCUUUUGGUCUCACAACGGCACCAUCGGCAUGGGCUCUGGUCUGGCAAUAAUUCACUCAAGACUCUCUUUCUACCUCCACAACAAUUUCUUUAGCUAUAUUUCCCAUCUCACAGCUACUUCUUUCUUCCCCCAGAAUUGAACCAAAACUACCAGGAAAGGGGAGAUAGAGAAAGGACCAUCUAACAAAAUGAAAGCUUUGUUUCUUCCACUUCUCUGUCUCCUGGCAACUGCUUUCUGUUUCUAUUCCCAUAGUUUCGGCUCGCCGUCUACUGUGAUUCCCCAUCCAAGUAUGAGAUCUAUGAGAGAUUGGAACAUGCCCACAUCUCCCACAAAACUUAGUGCAUACGACAGCAACAAGGAUCUAGAGGAAGACAAACAAAAGAACAUCAAGGCACAGGAGGAACAAAUUAAGAAUCUCAACAGUAGUGACCAUGUCGAUGAGCUUAUUUACCACAUAGAUUACAAUGGUGUGACAACUCAUCCGACUCCGAGGGAUAGACCAUAGAAUGCAAUCUCAGGUUGCCAGAUGGUCCCAGAAAACUUCAAUAUGCAAGUCGCAAGCUUAGAGUUACCUCUCAGAAUCCCCCAAGAAAAUCAUAGAAUAAUUAUCUUUUCCCCCCAAUUCUUCUAGUAUAGUUUGCUUUAUGAGAGUUCUCCAUCCUUUCGGGAUCAUUUGAUGUGACUCUAAUGUAAAAUCGUUCAUUGCUCUGUAUAGAAAGUGAAUGCUGCAUUGUCAUCAGUUGAGAGAUCCAUAAUGUUGAGCCAUUCAACAAGCUGCUCCAGUGGCUAAUGGAACGAAAUCCAUAGCGCUCUAACCUUUUACCCAUUUGGCCAUGGUGGCAAAAUGCUGCACACAUUCCCUAGGACAAGUUUUUCUUUUGAUGCAAAGAAAGUAUUCCAUUCUUGUAUUCAUUUCUUACCUUCUUGUAUUUUUCAAGUAACAUUUUGUAGCUACCAAUUGCAUCAUCAAACAAGGCUUCACCGCAGAACCUGGAUUUAACAAACAAGAAUGAAGCUUCUGCUCUGUCUUUAUGUUCAGAAUAUAGAGCCAAUAUAUCC